UCUAGUUGCCUCUCCAUGGCUGCUGCUAUUCCAUCUUCUACUUCUCACCCUGCUUUUGGCGUCGCCACGGCACCUCCAGAGUCCGGGAUGAGAUCGAGUCAGAUGACGUGGGAGGUGGAGGGGGUGGUGGCUAUAUAGCUGCCUGUUCACGCCACACCACCAUCUCCUCCUCUUCUGCUUCUCUCUGUCUCCACCACCACCACCACCACCUCUUCUUCUUCCUCCGCCGCCUGCCGGCGGAACCAAGAUGCCGACCAUCAAAAUCAAGGUGGACCUAGAAUGCUGCCGCUGCUAUACCAAGAUCCAGAAGGUGCUCACCAGGAUCCAAGAGAAGGGUGAGUUCUGCAUCGACGAUAUCGAGUACGACGAGAAGAACAACAAGGUGAUCGUCACGGGGCCCUUCGACCCGGACAAGCUCGCCGACAAGCUCUGCUGCAAGGCCUGCAAGAUCAUCAAGGAGAUCGAGAUCGUGGAGCCCCCGCCCCCGCCGCCGCCCAAGGAGCCGGAGCCGCCCAAGAAGGAGGAGCCCAAGCCCCCGCCGCCGGAGCCGAAGGAGAAGCCGGCCCCGCCGCCGCCGGCGAAGGUCGACCCCCCACCGCCCCCGAAGGAGGAGCCCCCGCCGCCGCCGCCCCCCAAGGAGGAGCCCCCUCCUCCGCCGCCGCCCAAGCAGGAGCCCGCCCCGCCGCCGCCGAAGGUGGUGGAGGUCCCCUACCCGUGGCCGUACCCGUACCCGUUCCCGGCGUGGCCGGCCGAGUGCUGCUGCCACCACGGGCACGGCGGGUGCCACUGCUGCUCCUGCGGCAAGGCCCCCGAGGCCCCGCCGCCGCCCCCGCCGCAGCCGCAGUACAUCCCGAUGCCGCAGUACGUGCCGCAGCCGUACCCCUGCGGCGGCGGCGGCUACCGGAUCGUCUGCGAGGAGGACCCCUCCUACGCCUGCGCCAUCAUGUGAUCAUCACAUCCCAAACCAGAGCAUUACUGAUUAGCGUGCCCUCAGUUACCUACCACUCUACCCUCUCCAGCGUGAGAUAAAAUUAAGGAGGCCCAAUUUAUGAAGGUUCAAAACUCAAAGAGCUGACAUGCCGCACCGUAAGCAAGCUUUAAGUACUACAUGUCAUGGCGCCCUAGAGCGCAAUGGAGAGAACGCUUGGCAAUGGUAUUACAUAAAUAUGUGUGAGCAUCAAAUAAUAUAAACCUAGCUACCUAAGCUUUUGAGGGUAGCAAUUAGCAU